CCAUCAUCGACUGCGUCUUGGCCUCCUCCGAUGUCGCGCCGUCGCAUCUCUUCUCCUCUCUCCUCUGCUCGUUCCCCGAUCCCAGUCAGGCUACUCAGUUGAACAGUGUGACGUCUUAUGCUAGAGCACUGUGUCAUGUUACUGAGAUAUCCGAGAAUUCGGCUGAGGCUUUGCGGCUGCUGAUUUGGAGAAUUUUUGUUCACACACUGAAAGAAAUUGAUACGAAUGAUAUGGAUGUGGUCAAUCAGAUUGAGGGUUUACUGUUUGAUGUCGUGUCCAAGAUUCAAGCUUGGGAACUUAUGGAGGAAACCAUAGUGACAUAUUGCCUGCGGUCAAUCGGCCUCAGCAUGGAUAUGAUUCAGAGUGAUCAGUUGUCCAUCUACAAAUGGGGCAGAGAGGAUUUAUUGGGGUAUCCUGGGACUUUCCCCUUACCAGUUGCAUGCCGUGUUUUGAUAUCCUUGCUUGAUUAUGUUUUGAGAAGGAUGGAGAUUCAAAAAGAAGAAAAGCUGGAAGGGUUUGCUUUGAAUCUGAUGUGGGACUUAUCCAACCUGGCUGUUAGAACGUUGAUGCAGUCUCCUGAAGUUCGAGCAAUUAGUAUUAGCUUGCUCUUUCCAACUAUAUUCAAAUGCUUAAAUACAUUCUCUUCGAUUAAAGUUGUGGUGCAUGAUGCACCAUAUACUCUUUCCAGGUCAUGUUUUGCAAAGAAAAUUUGGAACGUGUGCAUAUCUAUGUUCUCUCUUGGACAUCUAGAGAGGCUUGAUGCAUACAAUGUGCUUUCUUUGUAUUUCUCUUCAUUCUACAUGAUAAAACUAAAGGAAAAUACAGAGGGAGGUAGUAUUUGUAAAGAAUUUGAUUUAAGAGCUGAAAGAGAGUUUUGGAAGGAAAUACAAAGGGGAUUGGUUGACAAGGACCCGUGCUUGAGGAAGCUGGCGUUACAUAUACUUAAAGUAUCAUUUAACAACUAUUCUUUUUCCAGUCACAGCAACUGUCACUACCUGUCCAGUACUUCAAAAUUUGUUGCUGCUGAUUCGGUUGAGCAUACUACUUCAUGCAAUGGGACCUCAUUACUGGCUAACAUCACAAAGAGAGGCAAGUGGGCUGAAGAAGAAGCAAAAUCCUUGGGAGUUGGAGAGGUAUUGCAUCCAGAUGAUGGGUAUUUGAGUAGUCAAGAAAGAUGGAAGGUCUUUUUACUGUUGUAUGAAAUGCUUGAGGAGUAUGGCACACAUUUAGUUGAAGCUGCUUGGACCCAUCAGAUAUCUUUGCUGUAUCAGUCUUGGUCCCUGAAUAAUUGUAUCAAUGAAGUAUCCCAUGAGGUUUAUAAAGUUCAGAUGGAAACUAUAGAGGGAAUUUUCAGUUGGCUUGCUGUACUGUGGGAGCGUGGAUUUUUUCAUGAGAACCCGCAAGUGCGAUGCUUAGUUAUGCAAUCAUUUUUGAACACUGAUUGGAAGGAAUACGGAACCUGUGCACUAAAAGUGCCUAGAAGCUUUAUCCUGGGUCCCCUCAUAUUCGGUCUGAAUGAUGUCGUGCAUCACAAGGAUUUUGGUGUGAAGGGUGUUUAUACUUCCAAAGUAAUAGAAGACGCGACACAUUUUUUUUAUGAAUACUCUUGUCAAUUUUCACAAAGUGAGCGUGCUGACUUUGUUUGGAGUUUAGCAUCUGUUGCUAAGAAAGAGUCGUUUGGUCGAGCUGGAUUAAUGGCUCUUGCCUUUUGUAUUGCUUCGGCUGCUUGUCAAUGUGAUACACAGAAUGGAAGGGGAAAACAUUACACCGCAAGCGAGUUCUCUGGAGAAUCUAGUCAAGAAGUUACGCCAAGUAGAGCUUCAGAUUUGUUGGAUGCUCUAGGCUUUGUUAUUGAAAGAAGUAAACAACACUUCAAUCCUAAUUACCGUCUUCAAGUAUCUGAGCAGGUAAUAAAGGCUGCAGCUUCAUUAAUAAACAUCAAUUAUGUAUCACUUGAGCUGUUUCUGCAUUUUCUAUCUGCAGUUCCACGAGAAUUUACUGAUUGUGGAGGUCAAUUGCGAGAAUUGGUGCUAUGUUGGCUUACUCAGAGGAAUGAAGGGUCCAUCCUUGGUUCCUUCAAUGUUGAAGAUCUUACUGUGAAGAAUCUUGUUAGUUUUCCUAUGAGCUUCCUAAAGCAGAAAUAUUCUCCCAAGGAACCAUUAUCUUUUGACGAUGAGGAUUUGGACGCAUGGAAAAUUGAAGCUCAAAGGUGGGCGAGGGUGCUUUUCCUCAUACUUGAAGAGGCCCAAGCUUUUGAACCUAUAUUAAUGACGAAGCCCAACAGAGAUGGAGAUGUUGCUGUUGUUGGUCGCUGGAGGGAUGUUUUGGUGUUGCCGGAGGGAAGUUCUAGUGUUGCCGGAGGAAGUGAGAGAGAGAGAGAAAGGUGAGACUGUGUGAGAGAGAGAUGGGCUAGACCGGAAGGUGUUGCUGGCUUGAUCGGAGGUGCUGCUGGUGUGGGAGAUGGCGUUGAUCGGAGGCGUGUUGACCAGAGGCGGCGUU